AUGGCGUCGGGCGAGCAGGACAGCGAUGUCGUCCUGUUAUUAAACGGCAUACUCCACCAGUCUCUUGCACACCUCAGCGACGACGCUGCCCUCGCCGCGCAUCCUUUCGACCAGCGACGCGAGCUCUCUCCCCAUCGGCAGCCUCCUCUUACGCUGCCCGCGAGCGAGAGGGCCCCUUCUCCCAGCCCGCAAGGCACGCCAGCCGAUCUUCUCGACCUCGCCCACAAGCACUGGCGGUGCGGCGAGCCGGUACUUGCGCCUCCUCGUUGUCCACAUCCGCCGCCCAAGACGCACGACGCAGUGUAUCCGCCGCCCACCGCCCUCCCCGAUCGAUCGACGCAGCGCUCCCUCUCGUACACGGACGAAGUUCUGGGACAACUGCACGGCGGAAUCGAGGUAUACGUCAGCUGGGGAACGAAGGCAGGGACGCUACAAACAGUGCGGGCAGAUAAGGACAGCCUCACCUUUGGCGGCUCAGGGCAGCGCAUCCCGCUCUCGUCGACGGCCGUGGUCAAGGUAGCGAGCCCCCGGGCGGCGGUGCAGCAGGGCUGGUUCAAGCACAGCAUCUCGGUGAUAGCGCGCGAGGGCGAGUCGGACGCGCUGUCGCAGCCGCUGCUCCUGACGCCAUCCGACGAGGUGCAGUUCCGGCGCAUGCAUGUCGCUUUGCGAGCGGCCGGGCAGCGGGCGCGGAGGGCAUGA